UUUAAGCUGAUCAUUUUCUGAAGUAUCAUCAUUAAGUCUGGAAGUGGGGGCCAGCAGUGUCCUGAUAGUAGAUGGGAAGCAGGUACACUUCCUCAUCCACACCUCACCACUAUUGAUGGAAGUCUGUGAUGGCGCAGUAGCUUACCAUGACGGCUACAAAGACACAUCUAAAGAAUGGGAAGCCAAGAACAAAUUUCUGAGGGAUCAAUGGUCAAUAGAUCAAUGCUGGAAGGAGGUGCCAAGAACAAGGUUGCAGCGUCCAACACAACACUAUCAAUUACAGGUGCAUCUGGCAGCCGUAUAUAUGAUUCAACUGUGAUCGGCAACGUUCUUGGAGACGUCAUAAACAACCACCACAACACAGCUAAUCUCAACCUCAGCAUACACGGGCUUAAAGAGGGCACUGAGAACGAACAUGGCGUCACUGACGAUUCAUGCGAACCAAAACAAAAGCACUUGGCACAACGGACAUCAAUGUUGGAAAUAAGCUUGAAUGUUAACGUGACAGUCCCUCGUGAAGUUGGCGAUCGUGUGAGGCCACUGACAGAGGAGAGGUCGGAGUUUGCGAUCCAUGCUGAUUCAUCGAAGGAAUCCAUGCUGUUGUUCAUCCCUGAGAAUGACAAGACACAAGCAGGCACGCAAGAAGAGGGAGGGCUGUCAAGAUACGUACCUACAAUAGAUUUGGAUUAUAAUGCAAACUUGGAUGGUAUUUGCACAAACAACGAUACUUCAAGAGAAUAUGACAGGGAUGCUCCAUCUGAUCAUGAACAAAGGCCGACGGAAAGCCAACUCAGAAUGAAGGAGACUGAGGAAUCCUGCGCUGAUAUACCUCUCGCUAGCAAGUUGAAAGCCUCCUGUGCUUACAAUGUUACAGACAGCGGCACGCCCGAGAGAAGAAACUUGUUGGCCACAAAUGGUCCUGAUGGUGAAGUACUGUCCAAAUCCUGCAAUCCUAGAUCAACCAUCAGUAGUGUUCCAUCGGUUGGUGCUGUACCCAAGUUUGGACAUCAGAAACGUGUAGAUACAACAAGUAGACACGGAGCUUCGUUUCACCAACAAGAAUGUGACGAAUCUUGUUUCACUGACAUGAUACAUCGCCGACAAAUGCCCCCCGAUGCUGAUGUUCAUGAAAAACACAGUGUUGAAAUCAACGAUUUCCUGAAACAGGCUAAAUCAUUUCCAGAGCCAUUGAGUUCCUUGAUUGAACAAAAUCUUCUGACACUUCACAAACUAUCAUCAAUGUGCAACAAUGAAGAAUUGAAAGACAUUUCCAAAUUUCUGCGUGAGUGCUUUAACCCUGACAAGUGUCAUGAACUUCUGAUUGAUAAGCAACAUCCUAAUCGAGCAUAUUACACGAAAUGUCCAGUUAAUCGUGACAUUAUUUGCUUCAAGAUGAAACAAAACAUGGCCACUUUGAUCAAAGUCGCACAACUGAAUCCAGACAAGAUGAGCAAUAUAGCGGACUAUCUGGACAGCAUCCUGCUGCAGGACGAAGACAUCUCUGGACAUGGUCCUGCAAAUGGUAUAGCAGGGCUUGUCGGUAGAGUGUUUUUCUUACUUGAGGCUUGUUUAUGAAGUAAAUGUAAAUGGGUGAACACUGAAACGGAGACACUUUUCAUGACAAAUUUACUCUUUUCUUGGUCCCAUGAUUUUAUAACAUUUGCAUAACAACAAUCCAUGAGGCCUCUGGGUAAUCUAUAUGGGCGAUCGAGUAGCCUAGUGGUUAAGCGUUGACUUACGUUGUCACUGGAGUGAUAACGGUCGAAACUCAGGUUUCGUCAGUAGGUGGGUUCGGGGCUAUGUCGAUCUUGAUUCUGACUUAAUCUGUAUGUACUGAACUAAACUUAGGUACUAGGGUUUUGUAAUCCGUGGAUAACCAACCUUCCCGUGAUUUCUCAGCUCUAAGUAACUGGCGUUUCUAAUACUGGGUUGUUUCUAGCAAUCCGUGGAUAACCAACUUUCCCGUAAUUGACUUGGCACUCAGUAACUAGGGUUUGUAAUACUCAGUUUUUCUAGCAAUCCGUGGAUAACCAACCAUCCCGUGAUUGACUAGGCAUUUGGGAAAUUUAGUAUUUCCUUGUUCAGUCAAAGUGACAGUCGUAACUAGUCGAUAAUGACCAGUUGAUAUUGAGAUGUAAUCGUCUAUUCUGUAGUCUAAGUGACUUAUUUUAGGGAUAAGCCCUCAGUUUUUAUUUCCCGUUAUUUUCCUCAGACGAGGUUAUUCACUCACUACAGUGUGGAGUUAAUUGACUCAGGUGUCAAUUGGUCGCAGCCGAAUUAAUUGGCAGUCUACUCAUCUGGUCCGUAUCUUGUCAAAGGGUUGUUUUAUCUACCCUCCUCUUUAUAGCUUUAAAACAGUUGUUUGGCUAAAAUGCGGUUGUAUGUUUGCGCUGAUAUAAUUAAUUUGUGAUGUGUGUGAGCGCAGAUUGGAUUUAUCUUUAAUUGUCAACUAUUCGUACAAUAAGUAGUAGGGCUGGGACGGGUAACUCGGGUACCCAGGUCGGGUGGGUACUGAGAAGGACCCGGGUCC